AUGUCUUUGCCUGGAGGCGGCAGUUACCACAGCCCAUGGUCAUCACAGACCGCGCUCUCGGAGCUCGAAGGCGCCAUGGGGGAGUUGGAGCCGUUAGGUGAACUAGCAGAGGUCGGCUUCGAACCUCAAACCCGAGCGCGAUCGAAUACCUGGCCGCUGCCGAGGCCGGAAAAUUAUAUAGAUCCCGCUGAAGACGGAGGCUCCAAGAAGAAUUCUAAUCAGAAUCUUACUGGAGCACCCCCGUUGCCAAUAGCAACGAAGAAAAACUCCUCACGCCGCAACGCUUGGGGUAACCUAUCCUAUGCUGAUCUCAUUACUCAGGCCAUCACGUCAUCGCCGGACAAGAGGCUCACUCUGUCCCAAAUAUACGAGUGGAUGGUCCAAAACGUGCCAUAUUUUAAGGAUAAGGGCGACAGCAACUCUUCAGCCGGCUGGAAGAAUUCAAUUAGACACAAUUUAUCCCUACAUAACCGGUUCAUGAGGGUGCAGAAUGAAGGCACAGGCAAAUCUUCCUGGUGGAUGAUUAACCCAGAUGCGAAACCUGGCAAGUCAGUCAGAAGACGAGCGCUGUCAAUGGAAACGUCCAAAGCGGAGAAAAGAAGGGGGCGAGUGAAAAAGAAGCCCGAAUCACUAAGGAAUGGAAUGACAGCUGACACGACGCCAAGCCCCAGUAGUUCAGUAUCUGAGAGCCACGACAUAUUCCCAGACUCGCCAGUACCCAGUAGCAGCAAUUUUCAGCUAUCGCCGGACUACCGCCAGCGAGCAUCAUCAAACGCCUCGUCCUGCGGUCGUCUAUCACCGAUCCCUUCCAUAUUGCAUUCAGAAACCGAUUGGCAACCAGAUUAUUCCACGGAUUUCGGAUCAACUGAUUUCUCGACAAACACAGACUACCAAGAUUACACGCAAGACGAAUUGGCCGGUACACUAGCGGAUUCCAUGAAGCUGCACGGAGACCCGUUCUUAAAUACGUACGUUCCUACGACGUCUUCCUCGUCAUCGGGUGGAAAUUACCGGUUCGCUUACACGUGCCCGCGACACCCUCACGGCGGUUGCGCGUGCGCAUCUCUGUUUCCCGCGCACCCCGCCCACCCUCACCAGCAUACGUUAGACCAUUUUGUUAGACCGCCGCCACCGGCUGAUCCAGCUGACAUCAUGCAGACAGAAAGCAGUACCCAAAUGGUGACGACGUCAGAUGCUGUGCUAAUGAACGGCGGUAUGAUGGUGCAGUCUGGGGCAAUGGGUCCAACUACGGUUAUGGGGCAAAUAAUGGGUGCGUUAAAUACGGGUCUGGCGGAGGAUCUUAAUAUUGAAACAUUGGAGCACAGUUUCGACUGCAAUGUGGAUGAGGUGAUAAAACACGAGCUGAGUAUGGACGGCAGCCUCGACUUCAACUUCCCACAGCAGCACACAGUGAUGGCAGCUGAAGCCGAGAGCCAGUUUGCAGCACCCGCCCCCCCCUGUCCCCACCACGCUCUCCGGUGGGGGGGCAACGCACCCCCUACACGGUUGCACCAUCCUGGUGUUAGUGCGGAGGGGGCGGGUACGGCGCCAUUUUGGUAUUUAAAGGUAUAUUAA